AUGACUUCGCCGUACCUGUCGUCCGGCAUGCUGAGCGGUGUGACAGCUACUACGUCGCCGAUGUCCGUUUCCGCACGACCACGGUCGUUUAACUCGCGGUAUAACCCACAGGAAUGGGGACCAAUAUCCGGUGGUACAUCACCCGUUGCGGCGACGGGGAUGGUUCAUCAACCGCCGCCGCCGUCCUCAGCAUCAGUGACAGCCUCGCCCCCGCCCCCUCCGUACUCACCUCCACGAACAACUUUCCGGGGGCAGCGAGCUCAAUCUCCACAAGUUGGGUUCCCCUUAUCUAGCAGCCCAAGUCCUAUUGCAGCGCCUAUUCAACAAAAUACAGCUGCUUCACAGUCACGACAGAGAGAGUCUUCGGGAUAUCACUAUCCUGUUUCCCGGCCUGGUCCAUCACCAGUGGCUACUCACGAGCAGCGGGAAUCGGUGCGCUCUGAUCAUCGAACAACCUUUAUGCCGGCUCGUUCAUCAGUCAAUGUCCACUCACAAGCUCCAGUAAAUGACAGUUCGUCUCGAUUGCAGAGCCAUUAUGGCUCCGGCCCUGUGGUCGGACGUGCAGAACCAUCGUCGUCAGGAUCAAAUGCUGAUUCGUCCCAGGCCGUUUUACAAUCUGUACCCCCAGCGUCAAGAAGAGCCGUGUCCACGGGUGACAUACCACAUGGUAGAGGACCAAAUAGGACCAGUACCCAAGCCGAUAGCCACUCGUCUCCAAGAGGUGGUAGGUGGGAGCCUGGAAUGCCACUUCCGCCUCCCCCUCCCGGUCCUCCGCCGGCGGGCGCUCCAAGAAGAACGUCUUUUUCGUCUCAGUCUGCGGUAGAACGAAACAGCAUAUCGCAUAAUGGAGGAGAUAGGCUGCGCUCAGGAUCCGGAUCAUCGUCACUAGAGCCCAGUCUUCCCACCAUUCCCGCAACACCUCUUGGAUGGACGCCUGACCAUGUUAACCCUCCAGCUACGCCCAGACGAACAUCUGCGAGCCCCCAUGAACAUCAAAGGUCGGUCCCUGCCUCUCCAAGCAUGUCUAACUCAGUACCGAACCUCCAUCGUGAUGGACCACCACAGCGCGCGCCAUCUUCCACCAGAGCCCAGAGUCAAAAAGGAAUCCGCGAGCGCCGUAUACAAAGCAGGCAUAACAGAACUGAAAGCGGCGCUCCCGGACAGGAAGCUAAAGAUGAAAACCAUGACAUGUCAUGGCCAACCGAUUUGGUCCUUAAUUCUCCAGCGUCGGGCUCUGGGCUUGUUCGCCGCCGUACCCUCACCAAGUCCACCCCGCGCAGUGCCCGUAGCAACCCCGGAGAGGAGCCUCUACACAGCGCGAGAUCGGCCAGCUCACCCUUCAGCAACAAGAUGAACACCAUCAGCUCCCCAUACUCUGCCACUCCCAGACUACAAUCUUUUCCCCAUGAGCAGCUGACAAACCGUGGUCAAACUCCUCCGUUUUCCCCUGGGAGAGAGCAAAAAUCACCAACCCUGGGGCCCGAGUCGCUGCAUUUACCGCCCAAGGCUCUGCCAACUCCACCUCCAGCACAGCAGCAGGACGCGAGCUUGCUUGGAUUGGAACCGCGGAGUGCUGGUUCAGACCGACCCAUCUCGCACCUUUUACAUCUUCCUGUUGACGUUUCACCAUUGGAAGCACAACCCCUUGUUCCGAAUAGGCUCCUUUCUCGGCGCCCCUCGCCCAAGGCUGUCCCUUACGCGCCAGUCGACGAGAAAUUCAUCCAAGACGCAGAACGGAGGUAUCGUGAGUACCUUUCGAAAGAGUCAUCAGCAACCAAUGCUCCUGAUGCAUUACAGGCGUUUUGUGAAUUUAUUGUGACUGAAUCUGGCGUCCGUCGCCAGCAAUAUGGGUCAGAAUGGAAUAACUUAACUUUUGACCCUAAGGCUAUUGGUGAUAAGCUAUUCGACCUCAAGAGUAACCCGUUGAAGGCUGCAGCCAGGGACAGAUCUGUUGGCCCACAGGAGCCCCCGCAGACCCCUGAAAGAAGUGUCCCCAAAAGGCGACCCUCUAUAAUUGAAUCUGGCAUUGGGAAUGGAUAUAAGCCAGCCUUAUCGCCCAUCGCAAGCAUGAGCAUGAGCAAUGAGGAAAGCUCCCGAGGUCGAGCUGCAAGUCGCUGGUGGGAAUCUCAGACUGGUAGCGACAGCGGGGAUGCCAGUGGGAAAUUGUCGCGCACUAAGCGGGAAACGAAAUAUAUGGGGUUACCACGAGAAAUGCGCGAAGCAAUGCAGAUGGACCAUUUGACUCCGACACAGGCCGCUUAUGACCAGCAGUACUCUAACGAGCAGAAUUCUUUUGCAAACUAUGGGCCUGACGAAUAUCCGCCGGAGAAAGUAAGCUGGCAUGAUCCUGAGACACCUCAACCCCCGGGGCCGUCACGUACAAUGUCAGCAAUCAACCGUGAGGCACGAAAGUUAGAUAUCUCAAGAUUAGUUACUUUGCCUCCCCCGUACCCAAGACAUUAUCCAGGUGUCAAUAACAAUCACCCGGACAUGGCAUUCUAUCGAACGACGGUUCGGUCGAUUAGCGAUUUGUCCGAGGUUCACACCACCAAGGCGAGCUAUGAAAAGAAAAUAAAAACCCUUCGUGAACAGUACCAGAAGGAAUCUCAAGAAGCUCUUCGUGGGUUCAGAGCACGGAUGAACCAUGGGAUCGAAAGUGGCACGAUAUCCUACGCCGAAGCAGCUGAUGCAGAAGCUAGUCGACAGGCACAGGCAAAUGAAAAGGAGCGUGAGAUGGUGCAGACCGAGUUCGAUUCGUAUCAGGUUGACGUUCUAGAGCCGAUGCAGAGUAUUUUGAAAGAUAGGAUUAAAAUCGCUACGGCCUGCAUUGACGAGUUGCGAGGAAAGCUCUUCGAUUCAGCACAGCAUCAAACGCCAGACCAAACCCAGGAGGAAGGUGACGAGGAGCCAGAACUAGUAGAGAAGUUGACACAGCUCAAAUGGCUCUUUGAUGGCCGUGAGAACUUGUUCCGCGAAGAGUACGACAUUCUUAGCGAACGCAACGAACAGUUCAGAGCUGUGGUAUCUCUUCCAUACCGUCAAGCCAAGAAUGCCGAAAAACUCGCUGAAACGCACAACUUCUUCAUUCGCGACGCGCAAGAUCGGAAACUAGCCUUCGUAGCUGAAACGCUUAAACGAUUCGAAGGCUUCAUGGACGUAAUCGAGGCAAACGUUAGUCGAGGCGUUGAGACCCAACUCUCUGCGUUUUGGGAUAUUGCUCCUUCCAUCGUCAACAUUCUUCAACAGAUUCCACACAGCCUGGAAGGAUUUUCUGUCCGCAUCCCUCAGAAGGAAUAUGACGAGAACCCAAGCUAUUAUCAAUUUCCUCUGCAAUACCUGUACUCGCUAGUCACACAUGCCGGAAAAUCAACAUACCAAUUCAUCGAAUCCCAGACAAACCUCCUCUGCCUGCUUCAUGAAAUCAAAUUUGGGCUGAUGAACGCCAACUGCAAGUUCAUGGAAGUACAGCGGAUAAUAUCUGGUGAAGAUGAGGAAAACGUGCACCGCGAGAUGCAAGAGUCACGCUCGGAGGAAGAACGGAUCUUGACUCUAGACCUCAAGGAGAAAGUGGGCAUGGUCGAGGAACAGUGGACCGAAGCCUUAGGCCAGCAGUUAGACAGCGUCAAGGAGCGUGUCCGUCACCGUCUUGCCAGUGAAGGUGGAUGGGAGGAAAUGGAGCAGAUGGAGCAGAGUUGA